AUGCUUAUGGUAAGAGUUCGCAUAACUCACAACAGUUCCCAUAACACAGAUUGUUUUCCCAGAUUUUAUUAUCACUAUUCUUCUCGAUUUUUCUAGUAUUUUGUGGCGGAAAGAAAAAGGGAAAUAAAGGUGCAGCGGCUGGAGGAACUAUUGAUCCAAAUCCGAAUUCAGAAUCGAAAAAUGGAGAAGUGGGUGGAAAGGGAGCAGGACAGGCUGGAAAGAAUGUGAAAAGUGUUCAGAAUGAAGUGACGGUUGAUGAUGGAAAUUAUGAGGAAUUGGCUGUGACUGGAAAAUAA